CAUGUAUUGGGGCGUGCGAUGCUAUAAUCAGAGGAUUUUGUGGACAAAAUAGAGUCUUGGAGGGCAAUGAUUGCCUUACUAGGGUUGGUGACUUUAUGCUCAAUUACACAUCUUAUAUUAGGUUGGUGGAUGGUUUGUGUUUGAUGGGGUACUUGUAUGAGGCUCUUCAUGUGUUUGACGUGAUGAUGGAUCGAGGGGUCCCACCAACAGUUCACUUGUACAAAUUGUUAAUCUUUGAGUUUUGCAAGCGAGGAUGGGUUGAGGUGGCUGAGAAGUUGAGUGUGGGAAUGGAGUCUUAUGAUCUUUCAAUGGAUAAAGUUAUGUACACUUUCUAAAUUAUGGGCAUUGGAAUAGCAGGAAAAUGAAGACUGCUAUGAGUUUGUUUCUGAGAAUGCUUAAGGUGGGUUGUGAGCCAGAUAACUACACCUAUAAUACAUUGAUUCAUGGGUUUGUGCACUUGGGUUUGUUUGACAAAGCUUGGUUGUUGUAUAAGAAGAAGGUGAAUUGUGGAUUGAAGCCUAACAUGGUAACUUACCAAAUCAUGAUUAGCAAAUACUGCAAGGACAAGAAAGUUGAUUGUAACACCGUCUAUCUCCUGAUGCUGGGCAGUGGGAUUAUUCCUGACCAUGUGCUUUUCUUUACCCUUGCCAAGAAUCAUCCAAAAGGGGAUGAGGUGCAUGUAUCCCUUACAAUUUUGCAGGCAAUUGACACAAGGGCAUACGAGAUUGAACUUUCAAUUAUUCCUAGCUACAUGGAACAUAAAUGUGCAGACAAUAUGAUGCUUGAAACUGAGUGUCUGCUGGAGGACAUUGCCAGAAGCCAGUCUUGCUUAGCUGAUACUGCAUUUUGUAUCUACAUGAUUGCAUUGUGUAUGGGCGGGAAACUUGACUCUGCUUUUCUCUGUAUAGAUAAGAUGGCGAGUCCAGGUCUCUUGCCUUUACUUUCUGCAUAUAAUUCCUUGAUAAAAGCAGAGUCAAAUUUCCCACCCAUAGAAUGCAAAGAUAGGGAGUGCAACCUAAGCAGGUGACUUUCACGAUCCUGAUUGAUGGCCAUAUCCAGUUUGGGGAACUAAUCUUGCUGUUGGCUUGUUUAAUAAAACGAAUGCUAGUGGUUUUGAUCCAGAUCAGUUACUGUAUAACAAUUUAAAAAGAGGCCUUAUUAAGGCUAGAAGGCUAUUUGAUGCAUUAUCACUAUCACAUACAAUGCAGAAAAGAGGGUUUUUACCUUUGAAAUUGAUAUACGAAAUUUGCUUAGUUGGUUUUGUGCUAAUCAAUCUAGUGUUAAUGCAUUGAGGAUGUGUGAAAGAUAUGCUUGCUCAUGGUUAUAUUCCUUGCAAUUAUAACCUUCACUGGUUGAUUUCCAUUUUACACAAAGAUAACAAGUGGGACGAAGCUUCUAUUGUGCAUUAUUUGAUGCUCAAGAAAAGAAAAUUUGGAAGCAAUCGUAUCCAGAGGUUUAUGAAUAGGCUUCCUGGACAAAUGAAUAGUGAGAAAGCUGGGGUUUAGUUCACUAUUGCUGUCAUCAUUGUGCUUGCUGAUUAUGUGCAGGUUAUUGAACACGGAGCAAUACCUUCAGAAGUUAAUCACUUAGUGUCUUCUGGUAUUUAGACUUCACAUUGCUUUACUUUGUGAUUGUUCUGUCUAAUCAAUUUAUAGUCUUUAUAGGUGUGCCUGUAAUCAUUAUUUAGCAUGAAGACCAGGUGCAUGCUACCAACUAUUCUUUAUUGUUUUCUUCAGAUGAAUGCUCAGGUUUUGACCUUGUAAAUAUGUGAUGUAUAACUAGUUAGCGUUUAAAUAUUCUGUAUGUCAUACAAUUGUUGAAAUAGAAAAUAUCUGUAGUCUUCCAAUUGUUGAAAUAGAAAAUAUUAUUCCCAUGUUUUCAGAUGGUGUUGGAGAGCUUCUUACAAAUAUCUGGGAAUUGAAUUGUUUUUCUGGGCUGCAUUGUUUCGUAAUAUCGUUCUUCAAGUUUUUUUGUCUUUUUGUUUUUUUUUUUUUUAAUCUUUCGGCCUUCAUUGCUAAUCGUGAACUUGAAAUGUUUUGAGCACAGAAAUUAUGUUUUUAUUCCUUUCUUUCUUUCUUUCUUUCUUUCUUUCUAUUUUCAUCUGGUCUUUAUCAUGUCUGAUGUAACCCAGAUAUUACCAUAUUCAACCAGGCUAUCUUUUGAAUGGAAAAAGUUUGAACUUUUGUAAAAAGGGAAGGGCAAAUUGAGUCAUCUCCUUGGAACUGUAAGGCUGGGAUGAAGAUGAUUCUAUGGUGAUGUCAUGUUUGUUGGACGCUAUGAUGCCUGAAGCAAGUGAUUCUUGUAUGUUUUUGGAGACAUCGAAGGACAUGUGGGAGACCUGCAAAAAAUCUAUUAAAAGGUUCAUGAUUCUGCUCAAAUCUAUUGAGACCAGAAUUUCAACUAUUAAGCAAGGUCAUCAGUCAAUUACUAAAUCUAUGGCAAGAUCUAGAUCAAUAUCAGUGAAUUAAGAUGAAAUGUGCUGAUAACAUUGUCUCUUGUAUAGAAUUUGUGCAUGUAGAUAUCUUUACUGCAUCAUAUGUAUUAAUUUCUGCAGGCUAUAGAAGACCCUUUUUAGGCUACAACUCAUUAAAACAACUUUAUUUUUUGUGGGUUGUGCUUUUAGACUGUGGAUCUUGUAUUUUAGAAUAUAAAAU